AAAAUCUCUUCUGUCUCUGUUUCGUGUAAAUGAAAAUUGUGAUCACGAGAAAGCAAGCAACAAAACAUAAUAGGAUCGGAAUUGACUGACUUUGGCGUUUCCUUACUCUGUAAGAAAGAAAAAUCUCUUCUUUCUUCUCUAUAUCGGUUUCUGAUAGCACAAAGACAGAGUCAAAGAGAGAGAGAGAGAUUCGUGAUCCAUGGAGAAGCCUCUGCUUUCAGAUAAAACGAAGGAGUCCGAGAGAUGGGAUUCAUACCAGUACCUUCAGAGAAACAGCUCCUCUGCUCGUAAUAACUUUUCCUUCGCCGGAGCUGGUGUCACCGUCGAGGAAGUCCGUUCAGCUUCCGCUGUUUCCGAUCCUUCGCCUCUCUACCCUCCCGUUUUAACAACCCCCGUCUCGUUGCCCACUCCGGAAGCUAUUGGCUAUCCGAGUGCCUCUGGAGCAGGUCUUGAACUUCAAAGGCAGGUGCUUGAUGAGAUUGAGAUAAGAGAGCUGCUCAUUGAUCACAUCGGCCACCGUUGCUGUUGGGGAAGCCGUCCUGCUCGCACGUGGAAGAUCCGUGCGGUCGAAGACUGCAAUGUCUAUGUGGGAACUCUCGACACUUUUAUCGAAGAGAGGGAAGCUUUGACACAGACGGUGCCUUUCACCGGUGGGAGUUUCAAUGGGAAGAAACAUGGAUCUGCUCCUGAGUUAUGGCAAUUAGACCUGAGGUCGCAGUUUCCUACUCUCUUUGUCCCUUACAAAGAGACUCGAGUCCCGGUUCCUCAUUCUGAGACUGUUGACAAGUGCACAGGUUGCACAGGAAGAGGAGAAGUAGUGUGUCCAACGUGCAAUGCUGAUGGAGAGCCUGGGUUUUACAAGGAGAAUCAGGUGAUGAAGUGUUCUAAGUGUUAUGGAAGAGGUUUGAUUGCUCAUAAAGAUGGAUCGGACUCGAUAUGUGGAGAAUGUAAUGGUGAAGGAAAGCUUCCUUGUCCUAAUUGCCAAUCUCGCGGGUUAAUCAAAUGCGAGACUUGUAAUGGUUCUGGCUCUCUUCUGACAAGCAGUAUCGCAGUUGUAAGAUGGAAGACACUGUCAAAGCGAAAGGUGAGUGCAACGAGAGGAGCUGGUUCUGUACCAGAAGAGGUGUUUCACAGAGCAGAAGGUGUUCAGCUUUGCAACACACAAGCAUACCAGUGCACACCAGCUUACUUUGCAGACUCGUACUUCCUAAACAAGUUCUCCUCAGAAGUCAUCUCGUUGAGAGCUGAAGUUCCACCAACUGCUAAUGUAGUCUGCGAGAGACACGCCAUAUCCGUUGUGCCUGUGACACGCGUCACGAUGGAAGAUCGUAGGAAAGCCUUCAACUUUUACAUUAUCGGUUUUGGUAAAGAGAUUUACAUGAAAGAUUAUUACCCUGCGAGGUUCUGCUGGGGUUUGUGUCCUUGUCUUGAGUGGUUAAAGGUUUGAAAACACACAGAGUUGGUCUUUUGAACUUCUCUACUUUGAAUGUAAGAAACACGGAAUAAGGAAAGAGAUUGCAUGUAAACAAAACAUAGCAUGCAAUGCAAUGUGUGGUUAUACAUAUAUGAUGGUUUGAAAAUGUGUA